AUGGUCCGGAUGAAAUCAUUAGCCAGACUUCAUGUAUGGUGGCCCGGAUUGGACUCUGAUAUAGAGACAAAGGUCUCUCAGUGUGGACCUUGUAGAAGUCAGUUACCAAACUUACCAAAGGCUCCAGCAAAUCCGUGGUUAUGGCCUAGUGCACCCUGGAAAAGAGUGCAUAUUGACUUUGCAGGACCUUUCAUGCAACGUAUGUUCUUGAUAAUCGUGGAUGCGUAUUCUAAGUGGAUGGACGUAGUGAUGAUGACUUCUACUACUUCUGAAAAUACUAUCAAUGCAUUACGAUAUCUAUUCUCCUCAUAUGGAUUACCUGUGGAAAUUGUUUCGGACAAUGGACCGCAAUUUGUGUCAGAAGAUUUUGAGAUAUUUCUAAAGGAGAAUGGAGUACGUCACAUCAAGUAUGCACCAUAUCACCCUGCGUCCAAUGGAGAGGCGGAAAGAGCAGUGCGUACCUUUAAGCAGGCAAUGAAAAACAUGGCAAGUGAGACUGGGACUCUGAAUCAGAAACUUGCAGCAUUUUUAUUGUCAUAUCGCACGACACCUCAUACAACUACCAAAACAACACCUGGAGAGUUAUUUCUCAACCGCAAACUACGUACACGACUGGAUGUUGUGAAACCUCACAUGACAGAUCGUAUACAGCGGAAGUCAUUGCCAGCUGAGAAGAAGGUGCGGGAACAUCAGAUCGGUGACAAAGUCAUGGUUCGUGACUAUCGUGGAAGUAAAGUUUCGUGGAUACAAGGGAUCAUUGUGCGAAAACUGGGACCUGUUACUUACCGUGUGAAUAUUUAUGGUAUGUUGUGGAAACGACAUAUUGAUCAGAUUCGUGAAUGUGGUAUGUGUGAGUUAGGCAGUCCGGAAUCCGUGAAACCAAAUCCUUUUAACAGCAUUGUGCCUGUUAAUGCACCAUUAGAGAGCCAAGGUGAACAAUUAGAUACUCCUUCUAUCACUGAUGUACCGUCAUGCCAGGAUUCUGUGUCCAAUAAUCCGAUUGUAGAGGACAAUUCCAAACGUUCCGUUGUCAAUGCGCGAAAUUCGGACAAUAAUUCAGUACAACCGCGAUAUCCACGUCGUCAACAUCGCAAGCCUGAAAGACUUAUUGAAAAGUGUUAA